AUGCCCUCUGAACUCUACUACGAGGCCCUUCCUUCACAAUUGAAACCCAUUCACUAUGACUUGUCUGUGUUUGACUUAAAUUUGGACAAUGACACUUACAACGGUGUGGUGGUGAUCGAUUUGCAGGUUGUAGAGGAGACGGAUGAGUUGCACUUGCACUAUAGAGACUUGAAAAUUGGCGAGAUCAAGGUAAAAGUUGGAGAGCGGUCAAUUGAGGCGAAGGUGGCUUCCAUAGAUGAGAAAAAGGAGUUCUUUGUGGUGAAGUUCUCUGAGCAAGUCUUCCCAAAAGAUGAAAAGAUUCAGGCGACUAUUACCUACAGCGGAAUUAUCCAGACUAACAUGGCGGGCUUGUACAAGUCCUCGUAUAAGGAGAAUGGCGAGACAAAGUACAUGAUGCUGACACAAUUCGAGGCUACUGAUGCCCGUCGGGCUUUCCCUUGUAUGGACGAACCAGCGUUGAAAGCAACAUUCGUGGUCCACAUCACCUCGGAUGCUCAUUACACCGUUUUGGGCAACACCCCUGUAGAAAAGGUCGAGGAGAAGGGUGACAAGAAAAUCACCUCGUUCCAAAAAACUCCUAUCAUGUCUACGUACCUCUUGGCGUGGGCGUUGGGCGAGCUCGAGUACAUUGAAGGCUUCACUGAAGACAAGUACUUCAACGACAAGCCUUUGCCGGUGAGAAUCUACACCACAAAUGGGUACACCAAAGACGCAGAGUUUGCGCUUUCAUUGGCACCUAGGAUCGUCGACUACUUCUCCAAAAUCUUCGAGAUCAAGUACCCAUUGCCCAAGUUGGACCUUUUGGCGGUUCAUUCCUUCUCCCACAAUGCCAUGGAGAACUGGGGUCUCAUCACUUACAGGUUUACUGCUCUCUUAUACAAUCCGGACACGUCUGAUCCGGAAUACAAGCAAAAAGUGGCCUACGUUGUUGCUCACGAGAUUGCUCACCAAUGGUUCGGUAACUUGGUGACCAUGCAAUGGUGGGAUGAGCUUUGGCUCAACGAGGGUUUCGCCACUUGGGUUGGAUAUGCUGCUGUGGAUUACCUUUUCCCAGAAUGGGACAUGUUCAGUGCUUUCGCUUCCUCCUCGUUGCAAACGGCCCUCAAGUUGGAUGGCUUGAGAAACUCCCAUCCUAUCAAAGUGCCUGUUGUCAGUGCUUUGGAGAUUGAUCAAUUAUUUGACCAGAUUUCCUAUUUGAAGGGUGCCUCUACCAUUCUUAUGCUUUCGGCAUACUUGGGCACCGGCAUCUUCUUGAAAGGUGUUGCACACUACUUGAAUGCAAACAAAUAUGGAAAUGCCACUUCUUUGGCCCUUUGGAAGAGCCUUUCUGAGACUUCUGGACAUCCUGUUGCUAAGAUGAUGGACUCCUGGAUUAAUAAGAUUGGGUUUCCUGUUAUUAACGUGGAACAGGAGGGCAAGAAUCUUGUCUUGAAGCAGUCUAGAUUUUUGAAUGGUGGUGGUGUCAAACCCGAGGACGACCAGACCGUGUGGUGGGUGCCCCUCAACGCUUGCGGAGACAAUGUGCAACUGUUGAAAGAAGACAUCAUUGACAAGAAAGUGACUACGAUCGAGAACUAUACUGUUGAAGGUUUCUUCAAGCUCAAUCAGGACUCGCAAGCUGUCAUCAGAGUCGACUACUCCCCAGAUAUUCUUCAAAAUAAUGUCUUCCCAUACUUUGACAAACUUAGUUCCAAGGACAAGGUCGGGGUUAUCGCCGAUGUUGCAUCUAUUGCUAUGUCAGGAAAUGAGAACACAGACACGAUCACUUUCUUGGAGCUUGUCAAGUCGAUUGUUCUUGAUAGCGACAAAAUUGGCGAGUCCUAUGUUGCUUGGUUAGAGCUUUGCUCACGUUUGUCCUCUUUGAAGACAACUUUUAGCGGUGAGGAUGAGGAGCUCAGUGAAAACCUUGUCAGUUUCAUCCAAAAGGUGUACGCCAAGUUGGCUGUCAAGUUGUUGAGCGAGCAGGUUGAGGUCAACGAUGUGCUAAAAGCUAAGCUUAAGGCGCAAAUCCUAAACAGCGCAGCUACUUAUCAUGUUCCAGAGGUCAAACAGAUGGCCGAGACCUACUUCGACGGCUGGAAACAGUCCAAGAUCAUCGAUCCGGCCAUGAGGUAUUUCACAUUUUCCUCGAUUCUUUCAUCUAGUGCUGUCACAGAAGAUGACGUGAAGGUUGUCAUGGACGAGGUUAUCAACCCUUCUGCAUUGGAUUCCAGAGAGGUGGCCUUGAGUGCCUUGGGUAACAUCCUGAGUCCUGAGCUUGCCAAAAAUAUCAUUUCUACGCUUACUGAUAUCAACAUUGUGCCCGUCAUGGACGCCCACUUCUUAGCUGGCAACAUCUCGAAGAACACCGCCGUGAGGGACCUCUUGUGGGAGUUCAUCAAGGAGAACUACUCAACGUUGCACAAGUUGAUGUCGACAAACAUGGUCGUCUUGGACAGGUUCAUCAGAUUCACCCUUGGCAACUACCAGCUGGAAGCCAUGGCUGAUGACGUUGAGGCGUUCUUCAAGGAUCGUGAUGUGAACGGUUUCGAGAGGUCAUUAUCGCAAGUGCUAGACUAUAUUAGAAUCAACGCUGCUUGGUUCAAAAGAGACCACGUCCGUGUCAAGGAGUGGUUGACCAAAAACAAUUUUUAG